AAAACAUUAAAAACAAGAAGCUAAAAAGUACAAGCAUAAAGAUGCCGCAGAAAACAAAACAGCAGGAAGUAAAAUAAAGCCAAAGGAAGAAAAGUAAGUAAACAAUAUUGGAGUGAUGCAUAUGAACUAGAUGGGAAAAGACUGUCUGAACAGGAAAGUUUUGAGUCUGGAUUUGAAAAACACUUUAAACCAUAGGAUUGGGUCUUGUUAAUAUUGACUUGUGAUUAAAUUAAUAAAGGCUCUAGAUUUAUUUCAACAUGAGAUUUAUUGUCUUGAUCCAACCACCAGCCCCACAAUUCAAAUUAUUUUCUGUAUUUACAUUAGGUGAGAAUGAUGCUUUUUUUUUUACAGUAUUAUUCCACUCUUAAAUUUACAAACUUGAAUAAAUGAAUACAUAAUAAAUUUGAUUUAAAUAAUAGAUGAUAAGAAUGAGACUGACCUAAAGAGAAAAUGAUACAUACAGUAGUUUAACAUUUCUGUAAAAAUAGCAUUGGGAUUUGUUUCUCCCUUUUGUCAAAACUCAAUCAAUCUGAUCAAAUAUAUGAAAUAAAAUUAACAAUAUUGCCUAUAUUUAGAUAGAAGUUAUUAUGAAGCAGUGCCUGCUUGACAAUGACAGCAUCAUAUUUGUUUUUUUAUGGUGCUGUGAUUGUAUAAACACAACUGAGUGUCCAUCUGUCCUCAAAAUAACUCUGCUUCAUCUAUAUGUAGCCUGAGUUAAUCCCUAAGACGUGCACUGCUGAUGUCCCUGACCGCUUCAGUAAACGUCCUGCAGAGCAAGAGGAGCCUCUGCAGCCAUCAGCAUGCCGAUUCACAAAAACAACCUUGGGAACAGGACGCCUCCAACUUGGAUGCAGUGAUGCCCUGUCUGCCGACCCCACUGAGCCAUCUGUGGGACAUUAAACUGUGAGGAAACGCAGAACUACAAGGGAAACCAUGAGCUCUGACAAACCAGAAAUGGACUUAGAUCCCCAGGGCGAGCUUGCCGACAUGAUGGCAUCCAUAAACGUAGCUCCCAACCGCUUGUCCCCUACUAACGGCUUCAGGCCGACAGCCCACAGGUCAGCCGCAGGCCACAGGGCCCGCCUCGCAGACAGGAAGAUGUCUCUGCAGGAGAGGGGGAGCCGCGUGGCCCGACAGCCGACCAUUGAGACCAAACGGGUGUCCAUCACCGACGCAGAUGACUGUCUCCAGCUAAACCAGUACAAACUGAAGAAAGAGAUUGGAAAGGGCUCAUAUGGAGUGGUGAAGCUAGCCUAUAAUGAGGAUUCUGAACAGCACUACGCGAUGAAGGUAGUGUCAAAGAAGAGGCUGAUGAAGCUGUGUGGAUUUCUGCGUCGUCUUCCUCCUCAGGGAUCAAACUGUCAGCAAAUCCCCAAAUUCAUGCAGCCGCUGGAGAGAGUGUACAGAGAGAUCGCCAUCCUUAAGAAGCUGGACCAUCCAAACGUAGUUAAACUGGUAGAGGUGCUGGAUGAUCCUGAGGAAGAUGGACUUCACAUGGCCUUCGAACUGAUGAAAGAGGGUCCGGUCUUGGAGGUGCCCACAGACAACCCUUUAACUGAGGAGCAGGCGCGCUUUUACUUCAGAGAUGUCGUCCUGGGAAUAGAGUACUUGCACUACCAUAAGAUCAUCCACCGAGACAUCAAACCCUCCAACCUGCUGCUCGGGGAUGAUGGUCAUGUUAAGAUCGCAGACUUCGGUAUCAGCAACGAGUUCGAGGGGCCGGACGCCCUCCUGUCAGGCACGGCGGGGACGCCAGCCUUUAUGGCCCCUGAGAUGAUAAAAGGGCAAGAGCAGAGCUUCAAUGGAAAGGCGUUAGAUGUGUGGGCGAUGGGGAUCACACUGUACAGCUUUGUCUUUGGGGAGUGCCCAUUUUAUGAUGAUUACGUUAUUUCUCUGCACAAUAAGAUCAAGAACGAGGCUGUGGAUUUUCCAGAAAACCCUUCAAUAAGCAAUGAUUUGAGAGAUCUCAUUGAAAGAAUGCUGGAUAAAAACCCUGAAACAAGAAUCACCAUACCUGAAAUAAAGCUCCAUCCUUGGGUAACAGAAAAUGGCUCGAAUCCUCUCCCUCUGGAGGAGGAGCACUGUGCAGCGGUGGAGGUCACUGACGAGGAGGUGCAGAACAGUGUGAAACUCAUCCCCAGCCUGUCUGCCGUGAUUCUUGUGAAGGCCAUGCUGAGGAAACGUUCUUUCAGUAAUCCUUUCGAGUGUCAGGGCCGGCGGGCAGAGAGGUCCAUGUCUGCCCCUGGAGGUCUUCUUACAGGAUCUUGGGGCUUACUGGGGUCUUCGCCUCUGCCUCAUCCAUCCUUAAGGAAAAUCAGCAGAGAAGGGAGCAGAGAAGGAGAGUUGGAGGAUUUGUAUGAGGACGAAUCAUUCACAGAAAAUGGAGAUUAAAGUAACAGGAUUUGGAUUAAAGCUGCAGGAUGGCAACAUAAAAGCUAGUUUUUGUACAUUUAUUUGGUCCUUUUUAUUUCUCUCAUUAAUUUUUUGCCUGCUCAAUAUGGUAACAUACAGUCAGUCAUGUUCCAACUCUGUGCAGAAGAUCUUGAGGUUAAAAUAGUUUUUAGAAUAACACACUAGCUGUGCUUAAGGGUUUAAUAGUAGGAAUAGAUAUAGUUUUGUCCAUUUUGUGUUUAUUAGUUUUUCUCAUUAAGCUUAGGUUACAACUGGCCUGAAUGUCUUUGAAUCUCAAAUGAAUGUAUAGACUAAGAAUGUAAAUAUUAUCCAAAAGAAAAGUAUUUUUAUGUUUUCCUACAGCACUGAAAUAAAUAAAUAAGUCAUUCAAACUGGGGUUUUAAUAUUUUAUGUUAUGUGUGAUGCAACAUCCAAGGUAUAAUGUUAAUCAUCAAACACAAAAUGACCACAUGUAGUUACUUGUGAUAUUAAAAACAAAAAAGC